AUGAUCAAGGUCAGCAUCAACAGAGGGAUCAGCAGUGUGAAUCAGCUGGGGGGGCUCUUUGUGAAUGGUCGGCCUCUGCCCCUGGACACCCGGCAGCAGAUCGCGCGGCUGGCCGUCAGCGGGAUGCGGCCCUGUGACAUCUCACGGAGCCUUAAGGUAUCUAAUGGCUGUGUGAGCAAGAUCCUAGGGCGUUACUACCGCACAGGUGUCUUGGAGCCCAAGGGGAUUGGGGGAAGCAAGCCGCGCCUGGCCACACCACCUGUGGUGGCUCGAAUCGCCCAGCUGAAGGGUGAGUGCCCAGCCCUCUUCGCCUGGGAGAUCCAACGCCAGCUCUGCGCUGAAGGGCUUUGCACCCAGGACAAGACCCCCAGUGUCUCCUCCAUCAACCGAGUCCUGCGGGCGAUACAGGAGGACCAGAGAUUCCCCGGGGCACAGCUCAGGUUGCCAGCUGUUUUGGCUCCAGUUCCUCCAACGCCACCUAGUGGCUCCGAGGCGCCCCGGGGGCCCCACCCAGGGACAGGCCACCGGAAUCGGACGAUCUUCUCCCCAGGCCAAGCUGAGGCGCUGGAGAAAGAGUUCCAGCGUGGGCAGUACCCUGACUCAGUGGCCCGCGGGAAGCUGGCUGCUGCCACCUCUCUGCCUGAAGACACGGUGAGGAUCUGGUUUUCCAACCGAAGAGCCAAAUGGCGCCGACAAGAGAAGCUCAAGGGGGAAAUGCGGUUUCCAGGUGCUUCCCAGGACCUGACUGUACCAAGUGCCUCCCCAGGGACCGUCUCUGCACAGCAACCCCCCGGCAGUGUGUCCACAGCGGUCCUACCUGCCCUGGCAUCCUUGGCUGCCUCCAGCUAUCCGCGGUUCUGGGGGACAGCAUCAGACAGAUGUCUGAGUGACACUCCACCACAAGGGUGUCUCAAGCCCUGCUGGGGCUACUUGCCCCCCACAGCCAAGCUCCCUGGAUUCACUCCUGCUUUGCCAUCCUUGCCGUUCCUUCCUCUGCCCCCAUCGCCAGUCUUGGUACCCAUCAGGUCUUGCUCUGGCCUGGCUCCCCACUUCGAGGCCUGGGAUGAGGGAGGCGGUCCAGAGUGGAAAGGAGAUGGGAUGGGAAGGAUCUGAUACCGCCUGCCCAAGCAGAGCAUCGCUCCUUCCUCCUUCCUGUGUCUCCUCCUCAUCUGUGGACCUUGCCCUUCUUAUGUGUCACCUGAUUGCAGAAGCCAUGCCCACCCACUUCUCAC